GUUGUACAGAGUCAGUCGACCGUGCAGCUACUUUAAGAAAUAUUCCCUGAUUGAAAAACAGAAAUGAAGACACUUAUGUUAAUUAUCGGUCUAACGGCAGUGUUGGCCCAGGAAGCUCCUUUGUAUAAUUUACAUCUAGAGAAUAAAAUCGAAAAUGAAUAUUUCUUAGUUUUUCAUCCCAACACCACAACUGACGAAGUCUUGAAGCAUGUACGAACUAUGCAACCAAUGCUGGAAGAUCAAAUGGAUAUUGAAAACCCUGGAAUAGAUAGAGAAUAUGUCAUUGGUGAUUUCAAAGCAUAUGCCUUCAGGGGAAACAUGGCCGCUGUGAAUUUUUUGCGAAAAUUUCCUGAAGUGAAACAUAUCGAGGCGAAUCACGUUGUCAAGGCGACAAAGACUUGUAAUGAACAAUUAUUUGCAGAGUGGGGCUUAGUACGAACUACAGAACGAACUUUGAAUUUGAGUGGAGUGUACCGCUAUGCAGAUGGGACCGGGGAAGGUGUCGAUGCUUAUGUAUUGGAUACGGGUAUACUAUUAAGUCAUAAAGAUUUUAGUGGAAGAGCUGUUUGGGGCACAGAUACUGUUGAAAAUCCAUCUCCUAAAACUGACCUCAAUGGCCAUGGAACCCAUGUUGCAGGUACUAUCAUGGGAGACAGGUUUGGAUUGGCUAAGAAAGCUACAGCAGUUGCAGUGCGUGUACUAGAUGCCGAUGGUUCCGGAACUCUUAAGAUGGUGAUGGAUGGAAUUAAUUGGGUUGCUAACAACCAUAACGAGAAGAUGAAGAAGAACAAAAACAGCAAAGGAUCUGUUGCAAACAUGUCUCUAGGUGGCGCGUAUUCGAAAACUGAAAACGAAGCUGUGGCGGCUGCAGUUAAGUCAGGUAUAUCAUUUGUGGUUGCCGCAGGCAAUGAAAAAGCUGAUGCAUGCGACACUUCGCCAGCAAGCGAACCUACUGCUAUAACAGUUGGUGCCACUAACAGCGCUGACUACCAAUGGGAAGGUACAAACUACGGCAAGUGUGUUGAUAUUUUAGCUCCCGGAGAGGGCAUCACUUCAGACUGGAUCUAUUCCGAUUACUCGAUCACCACCAUAACAGGAACGUCUAUGGCUUCCCCUCACGUGGCCGGUGUCGUUGCUAAAUACCUGAGUAGCUUGAGUAGCACGCCAUCACCGUCGGCUGUUGCUUCGUGGCUCGAUUCUGCUUCCACAAAGGACAAGAUUGCUCUUGCCCCGUGGGCUCGACUUGCUGGAACACCCAAUAAAUUGGUGUACCUGAGUGAAUGUUAAGCCAAAUACUGCUUGUUAUUUGUUAUUAUGAUAUUGCUUUUUUAGCUUAUUUUACAAGAGUUUAAGUAACGCUGCUGAUAAUGAGAUAUGCUAUGAGAAAAUGUCUUUUUUAUAUGGAUCAUUGUGGUUUUGAGAAUAAAGCAUGUUUUUCCGUAAUUUUAA